AAGCCUUCCCUGGAAAGUUUAUCUUUAGCAAGCCAGCCCGUUGCUUCGCUAGGAAGCCUGCCGUGACCUCCUGGAGACACUCAGCCCCACGCUGGAAGACAAAAGCAGCCAGGAAGAAACGGAGAAGGAGCAGGAGUGAAGGGAAUAUUAAAAAGUGGCUGUGGAGGAGAUGCUGGAGGUCCAAAGAGCAGAGCUAACUGUGCACGGGAUGACUGAAGAGAUCUGAGAAUGAGACGUACUUGCCAUGCAAGACCUGAAGAGCUUGGUAUACGCAGAUAAACACAGCACACACAUCCGAAGAUGGAUGUGAAAGUAGACUGGGACUCCGAGAAUAACACAUGUGACACAGGUGAGAAGCAUUCAAAUUAUUCCAGACAGACCAAUAAAUGGGUAGGCCACAAAUCUAGCCUCCAGAAGGAGGUAGACAUGAAUUACUCACAGAGAUCCACUCCUCGUCGCAACCAUGCUGGACCUUCAGGUAAACAGAAGAUUCCUGUAGAGUUGCAGUGUGAAGAUGAAGAGACCUAUGAGACCUACUACCAAAACCAAGGUGAGACGACAGCUGGGAUAAUUGUCACCUCCAAUACCAACUUUGACUUGCAGUGUGAAGAGGAGGAUUUAGAGCGCAGUUCCUCUAAGUGCUCCAAGAAACCCCAGAGAAGGCCGUGUGAUGAAGACGAAAACACUGUUCUUGCUGAUGUUUUUGGUGAGGACCUGGUACCCAUUUCUGGGGAACCCUUGCCAUAUAGAUGCAAGAAGUGUGGUGCCUCUUUCCAGGGUACGAAUGAACUGCAGGAACACAAGCAAAUCCACCUUGUGCAAAACUCAUACCAAUGUCCUGUUUGUGGCAAAGAGUUCUUCCGUGCUGCCAAUCUGCGAAUGCACAAGCUCAUUCAUUCUAGUGACAGGCCACAUAAGUGUCCAGAAUGUGACAAGGGUUUCAUCCGCACAGCUGAUGUCUGGAGGCACCUGCGCAAUGUGCACAAGAUAGAGCGCUCCAUGGUGAUCCUAGGAAAUGGCAUGGCCAGGAACCCGUGGUCAGUAGUGCACCGUAGCCAACACUGUGCUGAAUACACUGAUCAGCCUUGUGCAGAGAACCCAAAGUCAGAGGAGGAAGACUAUAAACCUUAUGCCUGUCCAACAUGCGGCAAGGGUUUUGAUAAGCCUAAUCUGCUCUCCAAACACAAGGUGAUCCACCGGCAAGACAAGCCUUUCAAAUGCCAGGAAUGUGGCAUGGCAUUCAUCCAGCUGCUCAGGCUGAAGAGACACCAGCAGACUCACUCUGGGGAGCGCCCCUUCUACUGCGAGGAGUGUGGAGGGACCUUCACCCGGCUGGCAUCGCUGCAGCGUCAUCAGCGGAUCCACACGGGAGAGAAGCCCUACUCCUGUGCUUACUGUGGUCAUUCCUUCACCGAGUCUGGAACUCUACGGAGGCACGAGCGUACGCACAAACUGGACAAAUCUUAGUCCCUUGUUCGCUGUGGUUGUGGUCGCCUCGGUUGCUUCUUACCUGAAGUGGGCUGAGGAGAGCGCUCCAUGGCACGCGCAACAGCCAGUCUGGAUCCUGCUUCCUAGCAGUGGAGAACACUACAUCGUAGGGAGCUCUGCAGCUUGUGCUGACAGAGGUUGUGCUGCCUGGCUUUAAACUGGUGUUACGUGAGGAAAUAACUUCAUGCUCUUCUUACCAGCUGAACUGUAGGAGCAUCAGGUGGAGCUUUCUGCAGAUGUGUGGGCCAUGCAGCUUUCUUCUGCAGACUUGGUCACCAAUGAACUGUCUCCUGCUCCCUGGAGCAAGGUUGUUCUUCAGCACUGGGUUUGGGUGCAACUGUUGUUGCAAGUCUUUGCUAAGACAGAGUAGUCUAGAGAUUCCCACAUAUCCCUUCUGUCUGUGUAUUCUGUUUAUAUUUUUUUUAAUUAGGUAUUUUUUUAUUUGGGAGGGAAGUAUGAUGUUGGCUACUAAAAGAAAAAAGUUACAUAUUAAAUCGAACCGUUAUCAGCUGUAUUUCAUACAUGUUUUUAUCUACUAAUCCCUUAUGUAACUUGAUGUGAUUGGUGGAAUGGCUGUUAAUGAUGGAGAGAGAACUUUAUUUUGGCUAAGAA